AUGUCCAUCACUCCCGCUAUGAAGCGUUUUCUUGGUGCGAACAAGUACAUUGUCAUUGGCAGUGUGCUGACGGAUCGCUCUAGAUGGGAUAACAAGGUGCUGAGAUGGUACAUCAACCAUGGCCUGCCCGUCCAACCCAUGAAACCCGGGUCGAACGGGGGAGAAGCAGAGGAUCUGCCCAUGCUUCCGAACCUCAACGAGGAUCUGUCCGAAACCUCCAUCUCCAUCAUCAUCAACCCCGUCAAGGGUUAUCCGAUUCUUGAACAGCUGUUUAAAGACAAAUCACGAUCCCCUCAUGGAGUCUGGUUUCAACCGGGAGCAGGAGACAGUGGAGAGAUCAAACAGUUUGUCAAGGACAAUAGCCUAGAGGAUAGAAUCAUCCUCGGUGGACCUUGUAUCCUAGUCAGCGGCGAGAGUGUACUGGAAACUCUCCGGACAUGA